AUGGCGAAGCGUUCGAGACCGGCCGAAUUCGAAGAUGUGCAUAAGCAUGCGGAGGACUGUCUGCUCCGGAUGGCCUACGAGAUGGUGAAUGGUUCGGGGUACUGUUAGAUCUUCUGCUUGCAAACCGUCCAUCCAGCUUUUCAGUGAAUCGAAGCCAGAGGAAGAGACGCCGACAAAGUCUCUCGACCGCGAGGCGCUCAUCGAAAAAGUCGAGGCACUGGAGAAGGAUGUGAAGGAGAGGGAUAUGGAGAUCGUUCGACUCAAAAAGUACCACGACGAGUGCAAAAAAGUGAUGGAGGAGAAGUUCGACGAGUUCAGCGAGAACCUCAUGCAGAUGAUGGAGCACCGAGUUCGCGAGCUCAGUGACACGAUGGACGCCCAGAUGGCCGAGGGAGUGCGCGAAACGAUGGACGCCAAACUGGAGUUUAUGAGAGACCACAACAAGAUGAACUCGGAACUGAUACUCGCGCUCGAUGAGCACAAGAUUAUGAUCGACCGGUUGAGCGACAAGCUUGAGCUGGCCGCGGACCCGAACGGGCUUAGAGCUGCGCUGGAAGAGGAGCAGCUGAGGGCCGAGAAGUGCAGAAAGGAGAUGUUGGAGAUGGCGAAGGUGCUGGAGGGACGGCUCGAGGUGCAGGGGCUCAAGAUGCCGUGGAAGGAGUGCGAUGUGUGCCUGGAACAGUUCAACGACCUUCCCGCCAAUGUGCCACGUGUCCUGGGUGAGUUGAGAAAGCCGUUUGAAUGGUCCAAAAUCGAUCAGGUAAAUAUGAUCCAUUUGCAGGCUGUGGCCACACCGUCUGUCACUCGUGCGCUCAAAAACUGGCCAAAGAAAAGGAGUUACUGUGCCCGCUGGACCGCAAAACGACCGAGCUCAAGUGCACCGACGUCACCUGCCUUCCAAAGAACUUUAAGAUUCUUCAGCAAUGA